GUUUGGUGGCCGCGAGACUGACACCAGCUCCUGCCUGGCCUUUGCCCCGCAAUCGAGGCGCUCCCGCAAGACGCGGAGCGACUGGCAGGUCCGGAACAAGGACGAUUUCAUCAAACUGGAGCCGUAUGCAGUACCCUGCGGUGUCAGCUGGAUGAAGUCGAACCCCACGAGGUGGGAAGGCUACGCGUUUUACACCUCCGAGCUGGCCAUCGAGAAGUGCCUCACGGUGACCUAUAAGAUGAACGCACAGCCCGUCCUGGCUUUUGUGGGCGGACUGCAGUUUGACGUGAUGCCGGGACCACUGGCCUCGGUGGACGCCCAAGUCUGCUGGCCCAUCGGGAACCCGGAUGGCAUGGAUCUGACGCAGUUGAAGACGGUGAUCCGCUCAUGUGGAGUCACGCUCUUCAGUCGCACGCUGCGCCUGAGUAAGCGCUUCGGGAGCAGCACGGACUUCGACGGUAAGAAUACCUACGGCAGCACGGCCACCUGGAUUCGCACUGCCAACCCUCGAGAGUCCAUGAGCCGGACCAAACUCCUGGAGACCAACAGCAGUGUCCACCCGGAAGACUUGGCAUCCGUGAACGCAAGCAAGGUGCAGCUUGAGUGGGAGGCUCCGGUGGAGGACCUCUACUUGGCGUCCUUAGAUCUGGGUCCAGAUCUGGGUCUGAAGACCCGCUUCGAGCUGCGAAGCGAAGCCGCAGCCCGGCGGUUGAAGGGCGAACGCGUCAAAGGGGAGGCUGGGGAUGCCGAGGAGGAGGAGGGGCUUUUGGGCCUGAGCUCUUCGGGCAGCUCCUCUCUUUUCCAGCUCUUCAGCUUCAAGCACCCGGGCAACAUCAACUUCGAGCUCAAGGGCCUGCUGGAGGGCAACAGCCUCGAGCUCGGCAUGCGCAUGGGCUUCGGGCCUUUCAAGUCCGAGGAGAAGAGGCUCAAGCUAGUGGAUAUCGUGGACCAGUUCGCCGUGACCCUGAACGCUCUGCCCUUUGUGUCCUCAAAGAGCAAGGAGAAGGCGCUGGAUGCUCUCCGCUCCUUUUCCACGAACUACGUGCCACCUACGGUCCUUGAGCCGGGCACCAUGGUGGCCCUUUACAACAAGCAGCACGAGCGGUACAUAAGGGCCUCAGACAGGCGCCGGGGCCGGGAUCUUGGGUCGACCAGCCGCAUGAAGGCCCGUGACCUGCGGACAACGUGGGACCGAGAGUAUUUCACAGUGGUGGACGCAGGCAACGGGGAGGUCGCAUUUCACAACCCGAGGUUCAACCGUUUCAUCAGGAUGCAGAGUAAGACGAAUAUGGACAUGAGCGGGGACCGGGCCCUGCUCCCGUCCGGUUGGAGGCAUGAGCGGUUCACGCCCGUGAAUGCCGGCAACGGCGAAAUUGCUCUUUAUUGCCGAGCACAUCGCCGCUUUGUGCAAAUGCGGUGGCAUGGCGUCAUGACGACGAAAAACCAAGACUUGGAUGCUGACGACCUGUCGCCCUCAUGGAAGUUCGAGCGCUUUACCGUGGUCCAAGGCCAUCCUUAUUUCUACCUGGAGCCAGGAUCUGUGGUGGCUUUCCGCUGCCACAAGUUCCACCGCUUCAUGCGCAUGAAUGAGCAUGCCGACAUGUCUCGCAGCAACAUCCAUGGGGCCUACAAACCCAGCUCCCGUCGCUCGUACACGUAUUUCACAGUGGUAGACGCAGGGGGCGGGCUCAUUGCUCUCCACAGUGCCAAGUACAAUCGCUUCGUGUCAAUGAGAAGCGAUGGCAAGAUGAGGGCAAGCAGCACAAAGUCUGCGCACGAGCUGCCGGACAGCUGGGCCAGCGAAAGGUUCGCGGUGGUGCCGGGCGGGAACGACCAGAUUGCCUUGCACAACCCUUGGAGGAACCGCUUCAUCUCCAUGACGCCCAGCGACAUUGUGGUUAGCGGCACCAAGAAAGCACAGGACUUGCCCGGGGGUUGGUCUUGGCAGCGAUUCAAGGUUUACCUGGUAUCCAGCCCAUCGAGCGCGUCCAGUUACACAGGGGCCUUCCAGGGUGCAGGUUCCAAUUGA